CCAACGUUUCACUGAUUCUGUAGAAAUCAUGAGGCUUAGUCCAAAUUGGGCAUGUUUGCUAUCCCCGGGAAGAGGCGACACCACAGACAAAGACGGGAUCAUCCUUGUCCUCUCUGGUCGGGACCAGUCCAGAAUUUCGACAGUCAGAUCAAUAGAUGCUUUGUGUAGCCCAGCUCUCAACAUACGCGCCCUGAUUUGUGUGUAGAAACGAGAUAAUUGAAGCAGGCGAAGUUCACAGAGGAUAGUGGUAUGUAUGUUGCUGUUUGGGGUAUUAUAACUUCCUUUCCACCGUGGAAGGUCACACAGUACAUACUUAUUGGUACGCGCAGUUGCUCGAGGAUAUCGAGUAAUUCGGCGGGAAGAUCUCGUGGUUUGCGCUACCCUCCUCCAUGCAUUGGCAUGGUUCGUUCUGAAAAUUCAGCAAUGUCCCUUACACCUGCCCAUUUUCUGUUAGGACACUCCAGUUCCAUUUUGAAUUUACCCACGGAGCCGGCCCCGGCUGGUCCUGCAAGCGUUUAUUGCAAGCGACUCAUACAAGAUCAGCAAAUUGUGGUAAUCAAGUCCUUCAUACCUUCCCAACUUGAAUUAGAAACAGAGCUCAUCGUAGGCCGCUCGACUCAUUGGCUUCUGGCUUCUGGCCAAUUUCGUGUUAAGAGUGAAAUACCGUGCGAAACCAUCGGAUUUCUCGCGGCUCUUGCAGGGUUUUCCGUGAAGAAUUGUCAGCCUAGGAGAGUAACCCGACUGCUGGGUAAUGGCAAUCAAAGCAGACCUCCCCCCUUACAUCGACAGGACGCCUGUAUUGGGGCAUGGGCCUUUAGUUUCUUUCCUUUUGCGUGAAGAUUGC